AUGCCUUCCUCUAUUGUCCAGACCGUUCACGAUGGAGAUCGCACGGUUGCGAAACGACAGAAGCUCAGUGGAGAGGUUGCGCCUCGAGGAACGAAGAGAGAAUCGAGGUUAUUUACACCGUACAGAACAAUUGGAUUAGUAUCUUCGACUCCGGUUCCCUUUACGUCGAUUCCUCUAGGCAAAACCACUUUUCAAAUUACCACCUCCGUCGGACGCUGUUUGCAGACUUAUGAUCUGAAGCGCGGCCUCAAUCUUGUCUUUCUCACACGGCCACAAACACCAGAAGAUAUUACAGCUACAAUCGCAUGGAAAGAUAGGGUAUUUGCAGCUUGGGGCGGCUCAAAGGAGGGGUCAUCACAAGGUGUGUCAGUGUUUAAGAGAGGAAAAGAAAUAGCUGCGCUGGAUUUGCCGACAGAUUUGAACCAGCCCGUCAAACAAUUACUUGUAUUCGGAACAUGGAUCGUGGCAUGCUGCAAAACGAGAAUUGAGGUUUGGAAAUCGACUACCUACGAACACUACACGACACUGUAUCCGACAGCUGCCCAAAAAGGAAAAAAUGAACUUACCGGAGGGAUCACCAAUAUGCCAACAUAUUUGAACAAGAUUCUCGCUGGCAGGAAAGAUGGCGGGGUGGAGAUUUGGAACGUGAGCUCGGGGAAACUCAUUUACACAAUUCUACCACCAGCCGCAAAUUGUGGUGCUGUUACGGCGAUGCAGCCGACGCCAGCUCUUUCGAUGCUGGCCAUUGCCUACUCUUCGGGGCCUGUGACGAUACAUGAUAUCCGAUCCGAUAAAGCCGUCAUUCAGCUGAAUGGUGGAAAUUCUGGCUCGCUGGUCACUUCAAUUUCAUUUCGCACCGACGAUCUUGGCGCAGGCGACGAUGGAAAAACCCCUGGAGUCAUGGCUACAGCUGGACCAGAAAAUGGCGAUGUGACAUUCUGGGAUCUGAACGGAGGGGGGAGAGUAAUGGGAAUUCUUCGUGGUGCUCAUAAUCCACCCUCCGACUAUGGAGCAACUGUGGGUGGGGGGGUGAGUAAAGUUGAAUUUCUUCCAGGGCAGCCAGUGAUCAUUACCAGCGGCUUAGACAACUCGCUCAAGUCAUGGAUAUUUGACGAAACUCCAUUUUCUCCCGUUCCCCGAAUUUUACACUCUCGAAGCGGUCAUGCUGCUCCAGUGUCAAAGCUCUUGUUCCUUCCAACCGACUCGGAUGGGGCUGAUGCAGGUGGGAAAUGGCUGCUGAGUGCUGGAAAAGACCGAAGUCUAUGGGGAUGGAGUUUACGGAGGGACGGUCAGAGUACUGAGCUUAGCCAAGGAAACAUUCGCAAAAAGGCCAAGAAAAUGGGCAUCCUGUCUAAUGUGUCACUCGCGAACGAGCCAAGCACCAGUUUGGAGGACUUGAAGGCACCAGAAAUUACGUGUCUUGCUAUGUCUCUGAAUCGUGAUGGUGGGAUGGGAGCAAAUGCUGGUAAUGGUGCAUUAUGGCAGAAGGGGAAUUCAGGAAAUAAGAAAGCAACCGAUGCGACUUUGAGCGGAGCUACAGGAUGGGAGAGCGUAGUCACAGGACACAAGGAGGACAAAUUUGCUCGAACCUGGUUUUGGGGCCGAAAAAAGGCUGGAAGAUGGGCGUUUGAAACUGGAGAUGGUGGAUAUGUGAGCAGCGUCGCGAUCAGUCCGUGUGGUACCUUUGCUGCUGUUGGGUCUGAAAGUGGCGGAAUCGAUACUUUCAAUCUCCAAUCUGGUCUUCGGCGGCAGAGAUUUCCAUCGAAAUUAACCCCCGCCCAAGCAAGGAAACUCAAGCUUGAACAGCUUCAGGCGGCAGACUCGCUGGAGGUGCGUGGCAACACAUCAAAACGUUUUCCAAUGGGAUUGGGAAAGCAUACUCAGCCAGUUACGGGACUGGUAGUAGAUUCUCUUGUAAAAACACUGAUCAGUUGUUCAAAGGAUGGAAGAGUCAAGUUCUGGGACUUCACAAAUGGCCAUCUCGUGGAUGAAAUAGACUGGCAUAGUACGGUUUCGAUAACAGGCAUGCGAUAUCAUGCACCAAACGAUCUGAUAGCACUCACAAGCGACGACCUAUCCAUUCGGGUUGUGGAUAUCGAAACAAAGAGGACGAUUAGAGAACUAUGGGGUUGCACUGGAAAGAUAAAUGAUUUUUGUUUCUCCAGCGAUGGUCGGUGGAUCAUAGCUGCGUCGAGCGAUCGAAUCAUUCGAGUUUGGGAUUUGCCCACCGGACACUUAAUCGAUGCAAUCCGUAUGAAGACUCCAUGUACCGCUAUAGCCUUCUCCGCAACUGGCGAAUUUCUAGCAACAACCUGCGAAGGGGAAAUUGGUGUCAACAUCUGGAACAACAAAACCCUCUUCUCCCACGUCCCUACCCGCCACAUCUCUGAGGACGAAAUCGCAGAAAUGUCCGGCCCUACAGUCUCCGGCGAAGGCGGCCACAAUCUCAUCGACGGCGCCUUCGAAGACCAACCCGAAGACCCCGAAGAUUCUGCUCCCGCCCCUUCAAUCGACCAGUUAAGCUCUGACAUGAUGACACUCAGCUUAGUACCCAAAAGCAGAUGGCAAACCCUCCUCCACCUAGACCUCAUCAAACGACGCAACAAACCAACCGAAGCCCCCAAAGUCCCUGAAAAAGCACCCUUUUUCCUCCCCUCCCUCGAAAAGCCAAUGCCCAUCGCUGGUGUAAGUAGCGAGGAAAAGAAAGAUGACGGUAUUGCGGAACGCUCGAGGAUCAUGAAGAUGGAUCGUUACGCGUCGGAAGGCGCCUUCACUGUGGCGCUGCGAUCUGGGAGCGAUAGCGGAAAUUACACCCUCUUCAUCGACCACCUCAAAACGCUCUCCCCAUCCUCCGCAGACCUCGAGAUCCGCUCCCUGAACCCCGGCGUCGAAGCCGAAUCCGACGAACUUGUCAAUUUCGUCGCAGCGCUCACGAGUCGACUUAAGCAAAAACGAGAUUAUGAACUCGUGCAAGCGUGGAUGACGGUCUUUUUGAGGGUUCAUGGGGAGGUGGUGGCGAGUGAUGAACGGCUUGCGGAGGGGCUGAGGGAGUGGAGGGAGUAUCAGGGACGGGAGGGUGCGAGGUUAGGGGAUUUGGUUGGGUUUUGUGGGGGGGUUGUUGGGUUUUUGAGGGCGCCUAGGGGAUAG